CAGAAACUAGAAAUAUAUAAAAAUAUAUAUAUAUUUUUUUCCGGUGGUAUAGAUCUGAAUCAGAGAAUUGGUAAGUAGUAAGAACCCUAGCUUUAGAUUCGUCAGAUUCUGAUUACUCGAAUCAAAGCAGGGUUUUUGACACUAAAAAUCCGAUCUCGUGAAGUGUGUUUUGCAUCGAAUCGGAAAAUAUGAAAGAAGGGAAAUCAUCGAAGUCGUCGAGUCAACAAGAGCAGCAUGAACAGAUUUAUCAUCAAAACAGUCACUUGGGUUCUUUCAACUUCGCCAAAUUGUUUGAUUCUGAAGCUUCCUGGGACAAGGAUCAACUGGGAGAUGUGUUGCAUUGGAUCAGGCAAGUAGUUGGUUUACUCUGCGGAUUGUUGUGGGGUGCGAUACCUUUGGUAGGAGGCAUAUGGCUUCUUCUAUUUCUUGCAAUCUCCUCUGGCAUAGUAUAUGGUUACUAUGCAUUGGUUCUAAAGAUCGAUGAAGAAGACUUCGGUGGUCACGCAGCUUUGCUCCAGGACGGUCUAUUUGCUUCUCUAAGUUUAUUCCUGCUUGCGUGGAUUCUGGUGUAUAGCUUGUCUAGCUUCUGAUAGAGACACAGUAUCUCGCGCUUGAGCUGCUCCGUGAAGAAGUUUAGCAGAACGUACCUUUCAUGGUUUCUCCAAUUUACGAUGUGCCCUUCAUGCUUUUGUUUUCUGAAGAUGGGAACUAGCAUUGGUAGAUUUUCAUUUUUCUGAUGGAACUUUUGGUUUCCUUUUGUUCUUGUUAAUUACUUUGUGUAAUAAAAAUGAGUAUUAUUAUGCAAGGAUACAGUAUGUGUUUAGUACAAAACUAUUACUUCCAUUACUAAAAAUUUGGGACAAAAAGCCUCACUGAUUAAUCAGGGCGAAGUUGUCCUGACGAAAGAAAAAAAAUCUCA